CGCAUAUUUGUUUCGUUGUUUGGGAAGCUAAACAUAAAUAUUUAUAAAUUAACAGUUCAAACUUUUGUUUGAGAAAACAGUUAACAGAUCAUUUAAAAUGAUGGAAUUAAAUUUAUCGCGUGUGGACUAUAUGCAGGUUGGAAUAACCUGUCCUCAGACAAUGAAGCUUCUUCCUGCUUCUGGAAAAUUACAGAAGGUUACAGUAGCAGAUUGUGAUGGCGUGCUUCAGUGCUUUGGUAUGAGGAAAAGAGAAGUACAGCAUUUCUUCAAAACAGUACCAGGUGCAAGGAUCACAAGCUUGGAACUUGGAGGUCCCACUGGUCAGCCCCGUGAGAGGGUAUUUAUAGCAGCUGGACCUGAAGUAAAGGGAUUCACCAAAAAGGGCAAAAACUUUCUAACCUUUGAUACCAACAUGUCAGAACCUAUUCAGUCCAUGUAUGUAGAAGGAGCUGAUCUGCUUGUUUGUGGUAAUUUUAUUUACAAUCAUUACCGGGACUGUAAAGAUCUGAACUACUUUCUGUGUGGAGACAAGGUUAACAAUGUGCUCUGCCUGCCUCUGGAUAGAGUGCCGGAUGUCAUCCCAGUGUUAGCCUGUGAAGACAGGGUUCUCAGGGUUUUACAGUCCUCAGACUUGUUGUAUGAGAUGGAGGUCCCGGGUCCUCCUGUGGUUCUCUGUCUCUAUGCCAACAAUGGAGGAGAUGAUGGCAAUGAAAUUCUCUAUGGAACAGCUGAUGGGCGUAUUGGAAUGGUGCAGAUUGGAGUCCUGGCUCCAACACACAGAUGGGAACUGCCUAAUGAAAAGAGAAGUGGAGGUGUUUUGUGUCUUGACAACUAUGACAUCACUGGAGAUGGGGUGUUUGACUUGCUAGUGGGUCGAGAUGAUGGUCAGAUUGAAGUGUACAGUUACGAUGAAGCUGAUGAACCUGUCCACAGAUUUAGCCAUACGUGUAGUGAGAGUGUGACGUCUGUACAAGGAGGUGUGGUCUCCUCACCGGGCUAUGAUGAAAUUAUCUGUACAACAUAUGCAGGAUGGCUAUUUUCUUUGACAUCAGAGUCAAAGCACAAAUACUCUGGACAUGAUACUCUCAGUUUUACUGCUGAGGGAAAACAAAAAAUAGUUUCAUUGAGACAGGAAUUGGAUGAUCUUCAGAAGAAGGUGGUGGAUGAAAGGGAGAAGUACCAACAGUCAGCCUUCUCCAAUAAUGCAGUUUCUGCCGUCCCGUGUUUCAACAUCAAAGACAAGUUUGUGCUAAAUCGGGAAGAUGCCAGCUACACCAUGAGUCUUGAGCUACAAAUGCCAAUAGAUAAUGUGCUGUUACAGAGUGAUGUCCCCAUUGAUCUACUAGAUGUAGAGAAGAACUCAGCAGUUGUCAGCUACAGUCACUGUUCACCUGAAGAAGGAAAUUUUCUUCUUGCCACAUACAGGUGUCAGGCAAACACGACCCGACUGGAACUGAAGGUUAGGUCUAUAGAGGGUCAGCACGGGAUUCUUCAGGCUUACAUCACCCCAAGAAUACAGCCAAAGAUCUGUCAAGUCAAACAAUAUCUUAUUAAACCUCUGUCACUUCACCAACGUACACACGUCUUUGAUGACAAGAGACCAUACAAUACAUUAAAACUGACAGGUUCAUUCAGUUUGGCCGAGAUGCACAACUGGGUUUGCUUCUGUCUGCCUGAACUGCCGGAGAGGACACCAGCUGGAGACACGGCCACCUUCCAUUUUGAGUCCACAUUCCUCAACACGCAGCUAGAGUGCUGCUACAGGAAAGGUGAGGCUACAUUCAGAUCAGACAACAUCUCAACAAUAUCUAUUCUGAAGGAUGUCCUGUCUAAAGAAGCAACUAAAAAGAAGAUAAGACUUGAUAUCACAUACGAGGUGAAUGAUGAUUCAGUAUCACACACACUGGGUUUGAUUCAUCCAAGACUGGAAUCUCAACUUCUGCUUGCCAAGAAAGUUCAGCUUAUUGAUGGAUUGAAGGAACUUGCUAUUCACGAGAAUGACACCAGUUUCCUCUCCUCUGAGUAUCAACAAAUAUUGGAUAAUGCAGACAAAAUUCAGCAAGAGUUUAAAAAGCAACCCUGUCACUUGGAACGAUUAUAUGGUAUGAUCACUGACCUCUACAUUGACAAGUUCAAGUUCAAAGGACAAAAUGUGAAGGGCAAAGUUGCUGGACUAUUGGAAAUUCUUGAUAAUUAUGACUUGGAAAGUCUUGUUCAGUUCUUUGAAAAUUCAGCUUGAAUAACAUUGCAGCUGACUCUAAGUGACUGUGGAAGUCCGUACCAGUUAAUUUUAAAGAUUACCAAUACUAAAUUCAAGUAUAUAUAUAUACUGAAUAAAACAUGUUUAAUAAUAGUAAGAAAAAAUAUCAGUUGUCAGAAAGAGCUUGUUGUGUGUAACACUGGUAAUUUGACUGUUCGCAUACACAGGGAAUCAUUAAUUUCCUAUUGUGGUAACAAUGGUCAUGCCAUGGGCUACAAAGAGAUGUUAAGAAGAGGAAUAUGUCUCAUUGAUUCAAACAAAUGGGAUAAAUAAAAAAUCACACAUGUAUCAGCUGGACACAGAAAACAGGUUCUAUCUUAUGACAUCAUAAAAACAUUACAUGGCAACGUUAUUUAUCAAGCAACUGGCACACAGAUGUCAUCACAUUUUGUAUUCAUAUGCAUGUUGCUCUAGUUACUCUUGAACAUUGUGGAGGUGAAUGUUGAUGCCAUCUAGACAUUGCAUGACAGUGUUCUCGCUGGGUGAAAAUUAAAGGAGGGUGGCCGCUCGGCACCACACCCUUCAAAAAAACAAAACAAAAACCCAAUAAACAAAAAGCAAAAAAAAGGGGGGGGG